CUCACCGUGAGCGGUUAACGACUACAUUUCCCAUCAUGCUCUGCGUUGCUGCCGUCUUCCGCGGGCGUGCUGAUCGUUAGAGUGACUCGUGUCGACUCAUGGAUCCGGCGUGGAGACAGCGGGGUCGAGGUCGGGGUCAGGGCAGAGGUCAGAUCACCGCCAACCCCUCGACGGCACGUCCUCCUGGAGCUGUGGGGUCAGAGGUCAGAGGAGCGAGCGAGCUGAAAGUGUCGUCUCAGUCCAGGUUUGAGGAGAUCAGGAAGACUGACCAGUCGGCUGCGCAGCGAUUGGCCACAGAGACACACAGCUCUUCCUCUGAGGAUGAGGAUGACGUUAGUGAAGAUGGAGGGAAGCGGGGGCAGAUUCUCCAGUCAGCUCUCUCUCCGUACAGCUCUCACACGGGUGAUGCUGACAUCCGUCUUCUGGAGAAGACCCGUCAUUACUUACAUGAAGUGUGUCAGUCUGGAGGAGUCACGUGUCUGAUCUGCAUCGCUUCUGUCAGGAGAACACAGGCCGUGAGACUCACAGACACACUCACUCAUACACACACACACUCACAGGCGUACUCAUGUGGAUGCAGAUAUUACUUCAUGUUCAUCAAGCAGUUCUGCAGGGCUCCGGUGUGUUUCAUUCAGUGCUGUGUUUGUUCAGAGAGCGUGUUACCGUGUACGGUGGAUGUGCCCACCUGUGGAGACACCUGCGGGAAGAAACUGGACUGUGGUUUACACACCUGCUCAAUGCGCUGCCACAGAGGAGCCUGUGAGACCUGCCGACAGGAGGUAGAAAAGACGUGCCGAUGUGGCCGCUACAGCAAACUUCUGCCCUGUCAUAAGGAAUAUCUCUGCGAGUCCAAAUGCAACAAGACACGGGCCUGCAGCCGACACCAGUGCAAGAGAAAGUGUUGUCCAGGGAGCUGCCCUCCGUGUGACAUGAGCUGCACUCGAAUGUUGGGCUGCAGGAACCACAAAUGCCCGUCUGUGUGCCACCAAGGCAGUUGUUAUCCGUGUCCGGAGAUGGUGGAGGUGCGGUGUGAUUGCGGCUCGACUGUGAUCUCUGUGCCCUGCGGGAGAGAGAAAAGCACCAGACCGCUGCGCUGUAAGCAGCUCUGCAGGAAGCCGGCGUUGUGCCAUCACUCGUCUCAGGAGCAGCACCGGUGUCACUCCGGCCCGUGUCCGCUCUGUAAGCAUGUAAUCUGGCAAACGCCUGCUAUCUCGGCACGCAGCUCUGAUAUCCAAAUGUCAGGCGGAGAGUGUGUGACGGCUGGAGUCAAGGCCAGUCAGAAGAUCAGCCGCGGCUUCUUGAAAGUCACAUUGUGCAGAGGACUCAGCUGGUUCCUGUGGUCCUGUCCCGGUGGCUGUCUAGGAGACAAGGUGAGUCCGGUUCCAUGUCACACUCGUGGGCCGUUCUCCUGCGGCCGGUCAUGUGGACGGACUUUAGCGUGUGGGAAUCAUAGCUGCAGUUUGGAGUGCCAUCAUGUGACCGCUGUGCCAAACUCAGACAAAACUAAGGCCAGUCAGGAGUGUGAGCAGUGUGAGGAGGUCUGUUCAAAGCCCCGUCCCGUCGGCUGUACCCACCCGUGUGCACUGCCCUGUCACCAUGGUAACUGCCCUCCCUGUCGGCUGAUGGUCCGUCAGCGCUGCCACUGUAAGAUCUCCAGCCUGUACAUCGAGUGUGUGAAGUUCACGUCUGCGGAUGAACAGGGCAAACACCUGCUGAGCUCCUGUCAGAAUCAGUGUCCAAAACAGUUGGGAUGUGGGCACCGCUGUAAGCUGCUGUGUCACCCGGAUGAGUGCGAUCAGAGCUGCAGUCAGCGAGUGAAGCUCAAGUGUCCCUGCAAGAGGAUCAAAAAGGAAUUCCCCUGUUCUCGUGUGAGGUCAGAGAUGGACUUGGUCGUGUGUGAUGAGACGUGUCGAGAGUUACAGAAGAAACAUGCAGAGGCUUGUGCAGCAGAGGAAAGAGCCGCUCUGGAGGAAGAAAUGAGAAAACAGCAGGCUGAGCUGGAGGCAUUUGAGAAACGACAGAAAGGACGGAGGAAGAAGAACAGGAAAGUCACCGAGGUGGAGACAGAGGAGGGGGUGUGGCACAGAUAUAAGCUCCGCCUCCUGAUGCCCAUCUGUGGCAUCCUGUUGGCUGUGGCGGCGUUCUGUCUGCUGCAGCUGACCAAUCAGGAGACGGACAGUGAACGUACCUCAGCAGCUUCCUGAGUGUCAACAGUAUUUUCUUUCAGUUUUACAAACUAAAACUUUUUUUCACCCUUUAAUUGACUUGCGUAGAUAAUUAGAAUGCUAGUUAUAUACAUGUCUGCAUAUGAUUAUUUAGUCUUCACACAAUGGAAGCUGUGAUUUUCUGAUUGACUGUGCCUCACUUUUAUUAAAACUGUCAAGUUAAUUUAAAGUGUCAUGAUUUUAUUUCUAUUAUUGAGAGAA